UCAGAGAGAUCUUGGUUUGAGUAAAUUAGUCGAGAAAUAAUUUCAGGAUUUCUUCAAGAAAGGGGGGUCACGUGUCCCACCAGAUUUUUGAUGUCUGGAUUUUUUGUAUACAUUUUUUGUUCGUUUUGUUUAUAAUUUUAUUAGGCUCGUAUUAUUUUUUUGUAACAUUUAGGUUUGAUUGUUUUUUAAUACGAGUAAAAUGUAUCUUUCUAAUUAUCUUAAACAGUCAAACUCACCUUUCCCGAAGAUUUUGGUUUCGUCCAAAAGGUGCAGGUAAAAAACAGGCACCAACACACGCAUAUCAAGGAGACGGUGACAGCCAAGAGGUUAUUUUGCUGAAGUGCUUGGUCGAGCAUCAGUGCCUUUUUAAACGUGUGAAAAUAAAAUACAGAUAGUUAUACACCCAUUUGAGAGGUUAUUGCCGCUAACAGGUAAAGUCAGUCGCUGUCCUUCAGCUGGGUUGUUUCGCCUUCUGGUGGGCUCGCCAGUCGUGACUUGUGAUAGAUGAUCAGUGCAGUCGAGGUAAAGAAGCCCCAGAAGCUGAACUUAGAAAAAGUUGGGGGAGACGGAUACACGUUAAGUUUUUUGAAUCAUCUUGGUACUUAUUGAACAGGGAGUACACACCACCUUCAUCACUCCAGUAACACUUUAACACCCCCCGUGUCAGACCCUGUGUUUCAAUUACUUCUGUAUCCACAUGAGCAAGACAUCACAAUUUCCACUGAUGCUGGUAUUCCUUGAUGACUGCAAAAGUCAUUAUUAGAGCAAGAAUUCACUUUCCGGGAAAGUUUGUGUCACAUUUACUUUCUUUUGUCUUCACUCGUUUUGAGGGACCACAGUAGAUCAAUCAUCAGUCGUUGUGUAAUGUUAAAACCUGACUGACUGACAGAUCUGAAGAGCAAAGUUUUAGUCCGUUCUUCAUCUCUGCCUGUGAGAGCAGAUCAGAGUCCCCACUGCCAUCAGUCAUACUUCUCCUCCAGCAUGGUUCAGAGGGUGGCAGUGAUCGGUGCAGGGAUUUCUGGUCUUACCAGCAUCAAGGCUUGUUUGGAUGAAGAUCUGGAGCCCACCUGCUUUGAGAGCAGCCAUGACAUUGGGGGUCUAUGGAGAUUUAAGGACAAUCCAGAGCCUGGACGUACCACCAUCUAUCAGUCAGUGAUCAUCAACAGCUCCAAAGAGAUGAUGGCCUUCAGUGACUUCCCUCCUCCAGCUGAGCUCCCCAACAACAUGCACCACUCUGAGGUGCUGCAAUAUAUGCGUCUCUACGCUCAGGCCUUCAAACUGCUGCAGCAUAUGCACUUCCAGACUACUGUGGUCAGUGUGAGGCAGACACCAGAUUUUGCUGUAACAGGCCAAUGGGAGGUGGAGACAGAGAGGAGUCAGGGUCAGCGGGAGACUCAUGUUUUUGAUGCAGUGAUAGUUUGUACGGGACACUUCACCCAACCUCACCUGCCACUCAGAGACUUCCCAGGUAUUGAGAGCUUUGAAGGUAGAUAUUUCCACAGCUUUCAUUACCGCAACGCUGAGGGUCUGCAGGGAAAAAGAGUGGUGGUGAUUGGGAUUGGAAACUCUGGAGGUGAUAUUGCUGUGGAUAUCAGCAGAGUUGCUGAGAGGGUGUACCUCAGUACCAGGAGUGGAGCCUGGGUUGUCAGCCGUGUAGGGACGGGGGGGCUCCCAGCUGAUCUUAUUGGGACUUCUCGAAUGGACAUGAUGAUACAGACACUGUUCCCCUCAUGGAUUAACAGGAUGUUGGAGCAGAAACUGAACAUGGCAUUUGACCACAAAUUAUAUGGCCUGAAACCAAAACAUGGUUUUUUUAGGCAGAUCCCUGUUGUGAAUGACGACCUCCCAGCUCGGAUCAUCUCAGGUCGUAUUCAGGUGAAACCAAAUGUGAAGGAGUUCUGUGGGUCCAGUGUGGUCUUUGUCGAUGGGACUGUUAUAGAAAAGGUGGAUGUAGUGGUGUUUGCCACAGGGUACAACUACAGCUUCCCCUUCCUGCCAUCAGCUCUGCAGGCUAAAUGUGGCUACAGGCUGAGUCUCUACAAGCAUGUGUUUCCUCCUGCACUUACCCAUCCUACGCUGGCCGUGGUGGGUUUUGUGCAUGGCUUAGGGGCUAUCAACCCUCUGGCCGAGAUGCAGGGCCGCUGGGCUACGAGAGUGUUUAAAGGCUUAGCAACGCUUCCCUCAGAAGAGACCAUGAUGAAGGAAAUUGAGAAAGAUACUGCAAUCAUGCAUCAGAAGUUCACCUGCUCAGGGCGUAACCCCAUUCAAGUGGACUACAUCCCUUACCUGGACUCUCUGGCAGAGCAGGUGGGGGUUCAACCAAACAUUCCAUGGCUCUUGAUGAAGGAUCCUAGACUGGCACUGCAGGUUUUGCUGGGUCCCUGCACUCCUUAUCAGUACCGUCUAAAUGGACCAGGCCAGUGGGCUGGAGCCCGUCAGGCCAUUCUCACUCAGUGGGGGAGGGUGUUUCAGCCUUUCAGGACCAAAGUGGUAGCAGAGCCAGAGACCAGACCUUCUUCUAGAUGGAGCAUCGUAGUGAUUUCCUCAGGAGCAGUACUGCUGUGCUGGUGUUUCUACAGUAAACACCUUCUCUCCUCUUUCUUCUCUGCUCCGUCAUUCUUCAGAUCGUCUCAGUAAGCUGCAUGAUGAUAUGCAUCAAUGACAACGUGAUGAUGGAGGCAACAGUGAACAGCAAACCACAAGAUAUUCUCUUUCUCAAAAUGCAGUUUCGAUGUUUUUAUGCUGUACUGAUUUGACAAUUUAAGUGGCACCUACUGGAAGGUCUAUACAAACCAUUUUGUGAAAUUUACUGCCGUACAUUUGCGCAAUUAUUCUGUUCUGUAGUGGUACAUGACAGUAUAUGUGUGGACAUCAAAUCCAUUUCAGUAUUGCCUUUUAGUGUUCUUAGAACCGCUGACCAGUUAGGGUGUUAUGAAAGCUGGUGCUGGAGCUGAUCCUGGCUUUCAGACUAAAUCACUGAAACACCCAGAAACAAACUAAUCAACAUUGCUGUGGGCUUUGUGUUGCAUGCUUCAUCA